GCACAUCAAUGCGCAUUAAUCAGAUCUGAUCAGAUCAUAUAACCUGAUGGAAUAUUUGUGUAUAGUCUGAGUUUUGUGUCAUAAUUCUGGCCAUAUAGACAUAUUAAAUAGUAAUAAUUAUUCUAAAAGAAAUGUCAAGCGAUGUAAAUAAAAAAAGAAAAAAAAACAUAUCGCAUCCAUUAUCGGUAAAGCAGAAUGCAAUAAAAGAAUUAAAUAAUGGUGUGCCAGUUUCUGUUAUUGCAAAUAACCUGAACGUGACAAAUGCGACAGUAAUGUUGUGGAAGAAAAAUGAAAAUAAGUUGAAUGAAUGGCUUGAAGAAUGCAACAGUGAGACGUCAGGAGGUAAUAAGAGAAUGCGAAAAGAUGAAAAUAAUAUUAUUGACAGAAUCAUGUGGAUGUGGUUCAGAGAAAAAAGAGCUUGCGGUUUGCCAUUGCAUGCUGCAUUGAUUCAAGUUCAAGCAAACUACUUUCAUGAAGCGUUGGAGUUACAAGACAAAUUUGAAGCUAGCAAUGAAUGGCUCUGUAGGUGGCAAAAACGUCAUGACAUCCAAAGUGUUACAGUGUGUGGAGAAAAACUAUCAGCGAACACUGAUGCUGUUCAAUCACUUAAAAUCGAUUUGAACAAUUACAUUGAAGCCAAAGGUUUAACUUUAGAUCAAGUAUUCUAUUGUGAUAUAACAAGACUUAAUUUUAAAAUGCUACCAAGGACUAUUCUCUCUGCCAAGUAUGAAGAAGAAGUCUUAGGUUUUAAGGGUAAUAAAGAGCGAAUUACUAUAAUGGCCUGUAGCAAUGCAUCUGGUUCUCUAAAAUUACCACUUGCGGUUAUUGGAAAAUUUGAGAGGCCAAGGGCAAUUAAAGAUUUAAAAGUCCUUCCAGUAUAUUACAAAAACCAAAAGAAUGCAUGGAUGACUGCACAGAUCUUCAGUGAAUGGUUUGAGAAUGAAUUUGUGCCAGCAGUUAUUAAGUUUUUGCAAAUAAAAGGCUUACAACUCAAAGCUGUUCUCUAUUUUGACAAUUGCUCAGCCCAUCCCACAACUUUGUCAAAAGGGAAUGUAAUUACUCGUUUUUUACCACUGAACACAACCUCGCUAACACAACCUAUGGAUCAAAAUUGUCUGCAAACUUUAAAAUCAUAUUAUCGUCAAUAUUUGAUGGUGUACCUUCUUCAAUAUAUAAAUAGUGGAGGUAGUGAAGAUACGCUAAGUGGUGGCCUUAAGAAAAUAACAAUUAGAAAUGUUAUCUUCUGGAUUGCUAGUGCUUGGCAACGUGUAUCAGUUGAAACAAUAAAGAAGUCAUGGAAUAAGUUAUUGUCAAAUAUUGAUAACACUGGUGCAAAUAAUGAUAAUUGUACAAUAACUCACACUACAAUGGAUGAUGAGAGCAUACUUGAGACAUCGCAGACCACUGAGAGAGAUCAGAAAAAUCAGUUGAUGGCAUUAUCUCAAAAAUUUCAGGAAGCACUUAAAGUCCUUGAUAUAGAUGUUGAGUUGUCUCAUGUGGACUUGUGGUUAAAUUGCACAACUAAAAUGUCACCUGAAGAGUGUUACGAUGAUAAUGAGAUUCUGCAAAUUUUUAGAGGUGAACUCAAUUUAAAUAAAAAAAAUUUUGAAAACAACAAUUCGAAAAAUGUAAACAAAGAGAUAUCAGUGGCUCAGGGUUAUAAUGCCAUAAAGACAGCCGUUGAAUAUUGCCAAAAUAAUAAUAAAUACUCAAGUGAGAUCAUCAUGGCUCUUCAUCGUGCUCAAGAAAUUGUUACAAAUGAGUUUUUACUUAAUUCAAAAAACUAAUGACAUAAGAAUUAAACUUUUGCUAUAUCAAUCUUGCGUGAAAUUUGUAUAGAAUUUAAAGUUAUAACACAAAAUCUCAUAUAAGCUAUUUCAUAUUUUAUAAUUUAUUAAAUAUUAAGAGUAAUUUAAUGCAUUUGUACCUGAAAUGUAACGUUAUGUGUCAUUAAUCAUUAAGUAUAUUUUAUGAUUAAUAAAGCAUAUAAUCUAGAACCGUUAACUUUCUUUUUAAAUAUUUUUUUAAGAGAAAAAAAAUUAUAUUAAGCAUGCACAGCUGCAGAUAUUUUUUGUAUAGUCCAUACAGACAGUUUUUGAAGUUAUGUUUACCACAAAUUCAGUUCUACUCUCUUUCCUGCCAUGCAAAAGAGAUACAUAUAAUUUUAUCUAUUUCUAAACUUGAUUGACUGAUUUAUGAAAGAUAUAGAAAUAUAUUUAUGAUAAUUAGUUGUACUUGUACGUAAUUUGUUAGGAAGGUCAUAAUUGCCUAAUUUUUUAACAUAUAGUAACAGAAUGAAAUAAUGCUUACAGCGCUGUCACCUUGUAUCACUCUGUACUAGCUUUAAUUUUUUUUAAUUCUGUAAUACGAUAUUUAAUUUUGUGAAAAAUGUUCUUUGUUAAUAAAGGUUAUUUUCACUUUCA